UAGUACCAUUAGAUCCCGUCUAUUCAUCCCUCGCUCGCCGCUGCCGGCCAUCUCCAACCCGCGAUGCAAGGUGGCCUCGCCUCGCCCUGAUCCUGGGUGGGCCCGCAGGCCUGCAUUCAAUGUUGAAGGACCUUCUUCGCCUCCCAUCUUCGCAAUCACAUUCGCUCCAUUCGAGAAACAAAGCAGCGAAGCCGUUGCUGCUGCACGUCUGCUGCACACGACGAUGCAAACAAGCACGACGAGCAUGAACAAACAGACAGUAGCUCUUGAGGAACAGAGGAAGUGGAGCAGUCGGAAGUAAAUUGGCUGAGAUGUUGAAGCGGCGAGCGUGGUCGCGAGGGUGAUGGCGGUUGCGAGUCCAGCUGACGCUGUGGGGUUGACGACGACGUCGUGAGACCUUCGUUGCAACCUCCUGAUCCACAUCUGACACUUCCUCCUCGCAGACUUCACCGUCGCUGAAACAUUUCACACUCUGACGGCAUCGUCCGCUCACUUGCCAUGAGCACGUCAGCCUCACCUUCUGGGCUCGACGAAGGGGAUGCGGCCACGAGCCAAUCAGGCACUGCCACGCCGAAGGGUCCGCUGGUAGUCGCGACACCGAAGGCAGGAUAUGCUCGCUUUCCCCGACCGCGACGCAAAGGCCUGCCGUCAUCGACGUCGGCGGCAACUGCUGUGAGCAACCUGGUCAGCCUCUUGCCUCCCAGCCCUAUCAAGGACAGGACAUUGCGAGCCGUUUCAGGAGGAGGUGACGAUAGCUUCAUUGCUUCAACUGAGUCGGUCUUGCUUGACAGAGAGUAUCAGAGCGACGCCAGCGCGGUCGAGCUGUCCCCUGUUAGUCAGCUGCAGCUCAUCAGCUCCCAAGAAGACGCAGGAGAGCGAAACCAACACCAACAUCUAGUCAAGCGAGGCAGCGCUCGGAUCAGAGCCGGCAACCCAGUCAUCGAAGACGAAAAUCCCUGGCAAGACAUGACGGUACCUGCAUCAAUGCAGUCAGAGGAGGAAGAGGUCUUGAGCAUGCUCGACUCCAUGUCCCAAUCAGGGCCCUCUGCGUCAAGGAGACGCCCCCUUGCCCACCAGCGAGGCUACUCAGAACCUUCACUUGCCGUUCAGCCUCCCUCGUCCAUUCGUCGUCUAGCAGCAGCUUUCGACGAAAGAGAGCGACAAAGCCGACGCUCUCCCCUCCCCGCCUCCGCGUCUCAUCCCACCACCCUAUACACGCACCACCAACAAAGCACCAGUUCCCACUUCUCCGGCGCCCUGUCCUCGUCAAGCAGUCGCACAUCCUCGCCCUUCUCACCAGGCUCGAGACGCUGGGACGUGAGCCCCACAUCCCCUUGGCCACCUACACCUCUCGAUCGCAGCGCCGAUCCUUCCUUCUUCCCAGGGCCGCGCGCUGGAUUAGGCUCGACCGACUCCAUUGAGUACAGGACAGAGCAAGCGCUUCUUCGCCGGCCAAGGCCGGGACGAAUGAUGACAGAUUACACGAUGGCUACGAGUGUUGGAUCGAAUGACGAUGCUGUCCAUGGCGAGAAGCCGCCACAUCAGGCCGAGGACGCGACGCUACGAACCCUCGACUCGCCCAUCAAGGUGACGAGUCCCGGUCAAUCUCAGGAAGAGCAGCAGAACGAGCAGCCUGCCGAGCCCUCCAAAGUGUCAAAGGCGUCCAAUCUCAUCCGCCUCUUCGAGCAUGGCCUCGUCCUCGAUGAAGGGCGCCAAGAGGCUCUCGCUCCACCCGCAACCUUGUCGUCAAGCCGCGCAGCCUCGUCGUGCUACAGCGCUACGGUCAGGCCGAGGCUGCUACGAGCAACUGACAUGCUCGGUGUUGGCUCACUGAACAGCCCAUCGCCUGUCGAGGCAGCCUUUGGGUCGACCGAAAAGGCAGGAACAAGCACAGGCGAAGCGAAGAGGCGGCCAACACCGCCGAGCCGUUCCUCAAGCCCGAAGCAUCGCUGGGCAAGUCGAUCAGCAUUAGCUCCUCUCGCAGCAGGCCUCGUACGACCCUGGUCAACUGGCGCAGAGGGGUCAGAGGGUAGCGCUAGUCGCAAAGCGCAGAGUGAAGGCGGCCUGGCAAGCGCGUAUGGCUCGCCGCAGAGCUCACGAAAGGGUUCGCUGCCGUUGACCGACCUGGUGCCAAAGAUGACAACCACCGUCGAGAGCUUGGAGGCAAAGCUGCGGAGCAAGGAAGUCAGCGCCUCGCCUCACAGCCCUCUCAGCGGCAAGGGUGGGGGAACAGUUGCCUCGCUCCGUCGCUCGACGCAAGAAGGCGACCUUCCCUCCUCACCAGAGACGGCCGUCUCUAUGGUCCGCGACCCGCACGCCAUGCCUCUUCAGGCGGGCCAGCUCUAUUACUACGAUGUACACCGUGCAGCACCUUCCGAGCCGGCUUGGGUGGCCGCGCAAGCUGUGCUGUUUGAGGGGGCGCUGGCGCUCAGCUGGUGUCCAGAGGAGGGAGGAAGGGAGAAUGUCGUUUUUGAGCUGGACAAGUGUGGACAGGUGCACUCCUUGCCUAGUCUCGAGCGUACCGGCGGUUCGGAUGGGGAGGACGAUGUGCGGGGUUCAAUGCAGGCGAAAGAGCAGGGCUUGCUCAAGCUCAAGCCCUUUCAGCUAGUGUUCGAGGAUGGAGUGGAGAGAUUUGCCGCCGACAGUAUCAGGGAACGCGCACAGUGGGUUGGUCGAUCGAGAGACGCCUUGGCAGGCCGAGGUGCUGCAUCAGCCCCUGCUACAGUCGAGACUUCGAGAUCGCUAACGCCAACGAGGAGCUUUACGGCAGGACAGAUAUCUUCGGAGGCGGCAGAGCAGUCAACGUCGACGCAGCUUCAACGCAUCGGCAAAGCUUGGAGGGACACGGAGGAGACAUCAAGCUCUCCAAGGGCUGCAUCCGUGGGGGCGACAUCUGUAGCUCCCACACUUCCUCCCAAGGAUACCCGUGCCCUGACCCCAGUGACCACCAGAAGACCACAACCCGCUGCCGUACGUGUUGCCAGACCGCACGCAAGCGCACCACCCGAAGGCCUGGCCGGCUCGAUCCGCCCAUCUCUCAGCCUGCUGCCCGCCAGCCCAUCGCCACGAAGCAUUCGUGACGUGUGCGCAGAAGCACCACAUGAGCGCUCCAGUCACCUGAGCAGCCCCCUCCCAGACGAUGGUGGAGGUGUCUCGCCACGUCGCUCGCCCCUAGCAAGGAGCGAAGCCGCUUUCGCCUUCUCCGGUGGCGAAGAGGAGGACAUCUUCCCUUGGGACUCGGCCAGCCAGCGACCUGCGCGCAGCGACAUUGAUGGAGGAGAUAAGAUCGAGCUUCCGGAGGUGCUCUCAGGUCUACAGCGACGCCAACAGCACACGUCUCCGCUGAAGCCGGAUCAGCUGCUUGCUGAGUCCCAGCCCUUCCUGCCAUCAAGAGUGGGCUCGCCUUCGCGCACGCUGUCUACGGCAGCGCAGAGCUUGCGCGAGCAAAAUCUCGGCGAUGUUCCUCAGCGACCUGCUUCACCUGCCAAGCUGGGUACAGUGCUAGAGAAGGCUCCUGUUCCGCCAAGUUCGAGCAGUCCCACGACGCCACGCUCCGGCGGAAAGGUCUCGAGCUUGGCUCAAAGGAUGAGCAUGGCAUCAGAGCGUGCCGGAACGCCUAUACUCGAAGGAGUUAGAGCACCAAUCGCCAGCAGAACCACUUCCUCGCCCGCGCCCUCGCCCUCACCAUCGAUGCUCAAGCGCUCUCUGCAGCCCCGCACGAUUUCAUUCGACCCGCCCCCGACGUACCCCGCCCAGUCCCUCGAGCCAAGUCGACGAGGCGAGCAUGGCCAUUCUGCGCUCUCCGACACGGCGUCGAGCUUUACUGAGCUGGAUAAGGUACUCGAGCACUUGUCCCGCGAACAAGAGCAGAUACGCGCCACGAACCAGCGGUCUCGCGCCGAUGCUGCUCGAAAUUCUACUUUGCACAGCCAUUUGCAGACACCGGGUGGCAUUGCCCCGAUGCUCGCUGAUCAACGCGACUCUGGGCCUGCUGUAAAGAAAGCUCGACCGCAGCAGCACCUAUCCCAGGAUUCCUUGCCGACCAAAUCUCGCUCCGCAGCAGCCUCAGCACCAGCGAGCGAAGCGCACAUCAACGAGAUCAAGGAGAGGCUGGAUCGUCUGCUGGGGUUGGUCGAGGAAGUGCAUCAGCGCAGCACCAGCAGCAAGCAGUCGAGGGAAACAGCGGUGCCCAAGCGAAGGGCCAGCAGCGAAUUGGCGCUCUCUGCAAUCGGCGCAGAUAUCAAGCAGCUGCUACGCAAGAUGGAAGAGAAGCAAACAUCGCCCCAAGCAUCUCACUCAAGUAGUGGUGAGCCGAUCGGGCCUAGUCCCGAGUACGCUGCAUCUCGUGAGCCACAAGCGGCGGCUCGGUCCUCCGCGGGCAAGCCUCUACCCCACAGGCGCGGCGCCCCCUCAUCAGUGGCUCAAAGCUACGUCUCAGCAGCUUCGACAGCCAAGCCAGCCACAGCAGCUCAGCGUCCUCAACCCCAUUACCCGUACGCUGCGGCCAUGCAAAGGAGGCACAUUGACUCGCCGCGACGGGACAGUCAAGAGACGGUGGACAUGGAAGCGGCCGUACGCCGACAGCGGUCACGCCGACAGCAGGGCGUGGACCGUGAAUCGGCCCCACCGCUGAGUCCGGCAGAUGCAGCUGCUCAUGUUGCUGGCGGCUGGUAUACGGCUGGGCCUCUGAGAAGGUCAGCACCUCCCCGCGGAGCAGCACCGCCGCCUUCGGCUUCCGGCAGGCAAGUGUCGCAAGCUGGCUCCGUACUUGCUCACAUGCCCAUGGCGCAGCCCGUACCAGCAAGUGAGGAUGAGGCCAACGACCUGCCCUCGGUGCAAUCAGCUGAGGCCGCAGACGCACGACCCGCUGCCCCUUCUGUCGCUCCCUCAGCAAAGUCAGCAGCGUCCGCUCCCGCCGACAAUGCGGCCGCAAUUAGCAAACUCACGCACCUAGUCGUCGAGUCCCUCCGGGAGCAGUCCGAAGGACGUCGUGCUGAGCGAGAGCAGCAAAGCGAUAUCGCUCGCUACCUGAACGAGCUCAAUAAAUGGCUCGAGCAAGACGUCGAGGAGCGCAACAAGGACUUCAAGACGCUGCAGGAUGGCGUUCGGACGCUUGCCUCGGAUCUGGCGGGAAUCAAGGCAGGCGCAAAGUCAACAGAUUUGCUGGGGAGGCGAGCAGAUGGGGAGAUGGAGAGUGUAGAGGAGCUUUCUGGUGCAAUGCCUGAGGUGAAGCAGGCUCAACGCUCCGCGCCAUCGCCUACACCUGACAGUAUCCCUGCGGCACCGGUGCAAACCACGAAUGCUGCGACAUCUUCCCCAGAGCCUCAACAGGGUGCUUCACGGGAGGCGCCGGCAGUGACCACUUCUGACUCGCGACCUCCGGCAGCCACUCAACGAGAUAACACUGCCGCGCCUGCGCCCGCUCCUGCUUCGCCGCAGGCACUGGCACCGUCCCCUGUCCCUGGAACAUCGCGCGACGCGCCCUCAGCUCGAUCAAGCAGCUCUGCGCCUGGAAAGACUCACCGCUCCCACUCCCUCAAAGCGCGUCUCCUGGAAACCGCUCAAGAUGAGAUCAAGCGCCACAUCAGUGCGCACCACCGCUUUGGCCGACCCACCUCCCCUACUGGUGGCUCGGCGGGCACGCUGAAGGAGAAUCACAUCAAGGACAUCCUCGAAGCUGUGGGCAGCGAGGAUCACAAGCGACUACGCAAGGUUGUCAAGGAGGCGGCAAUGGCUGGUGCUGGUGCCUUGGCUGUUCGGCUGCUGGAGGAGCAUUUCAAAGACAAGGAGCAGGACGAGCCUCCGCAGGAGGCACACGCCGUCGGCGAGGACGGUCAGCAGCAGGUGCCAGUGACUACGACUGCAGAUGCUCCUGAACCUGAUCGUCCAACGUCGGCGGGUCUAGCGCCACGGCCCACUGGAUCGAAACCUGUAAUGGAGCAAGCCGCGGCUCCGGCCGCCGACGCCGUGUCACCACCAGCUGAGGCUGUCGCUGAUGCUCCUGCCAAGAAAGCACCCGGCCCGGCUCCCACAACUGCGCCUGCUCCUACGGCUGCCGCACCAGCAGAGCCUCCCGCCACCGUAGCCGCCGCCGCGCCAGCACCAACGGACGGCCGCGACCUAACAGAGGGAGCCUUUGCGACUGCCACACGCGCCGAAAUGACAGCAGGUAUGACCUCCAUCCUCUCUACUCUCGGAGAAGUCCUCGCGCACCUCAAGUCAAGUCAAGACGAGUCGGACCGCCUCCGUCGUGAAAGCGAAGAACGUCGCACUGAGCAACAAGAACGCGAGGCUGCCUGGAAGGAGGAGCUCUCCCAGCAGCAGGAACGUCAUGCUGCGGCGAUCGUAGCGGCGGUCACGGAGCACCUGGCCGCGAGGGAGAAGGAAAGGGUCGAGGCCGACGCGGCAAAGGAGAAAGCUCUCGACCCGAAAACGGCAAUUGAGGCGCUGGUUGGGGCGUUGAACGAAGCGCGGCUCGCUGAGGCAGCCCGCCGCCAACAAACAGAUGCAAGCAUUGCGGAGCUAGCCACCUCUGUCGUGCGCGGCGUUGAGGAGCAGCAUGCCCGCCUACUCACGAGCCUGACGGCCCUCAGCAGAGACGUGGUAUGCACGAGCGUCGAGAACCACCUGCAACACUUCAAGGGCGCUAUGGCGUCUAGCUUUGCCGGGAGUGCGCAGGCUAUGGCCAACGCAUGGACGCAGCAUGCUGAGACGGUGGCCAAGACACCCCGAGCCACGUUGAUGGGACCGGCGCCGCCAGCGCCUGCGCAAGCUCCUCCUGCCCCAGCACAAGCACCUGCUCAGGCCCCACCUCAGCCUCCGCCGCCCCGUAGUAAUGGCGGGAGCGCACCAAGACCAAGACGAGCGCCGCCUCUUGGACCGUAUGGCUUGCCCUCGCGUUGAUGGCAAGAUGGAGCCUGAUAAGCGACUUCGCCUCCUUCGCUGCCAUGCUCUUUAGCUACCUGCUUUGCAUUGCCCUUCGCCUUGUUUAUAGUUUACGUCUUCAUCUUCUCUACCUUUCAUCGAUACCAUCCCUCACACUUCAAUUCGAGUCAUUUGCGUCCCCACGCAGCACGCGUGAUGUCGGAGAUUUCCAUGCAGACGCAUGGUGAGGGCGAUGAUGUUUCUGAUUUAUCGCAUCGCCAUCUUGUCUUUUCCUUCCCUAACAAGUACUGCACUUGGGCCGUAGCCCAUCUAUGGC